AUGGAUCCCGAACUCCAGAUCAAAGCGCUGGUCGAUACCCUGGCACCAAGGACCGCCCAUCAAUAUAAGCUCUACCACACCAAAUUUCUGCAAUGGUGCCGAGAUAAUCAACUCGUCCGCACGCCUGUGGCAGAUCAUCCCUACAACGAUGUCAUUGUGACCGCCACACUGGUGCAUUGGUUUGUGCUUUCGAAGUUUGUCUGUGCCAGGGAUUCACAGCUGACAGUUUCCGUCCUCCGCAAAAUGAUCAGCGCUUUCAAAUUCCUACAUCGUGUAUGCAAAGCAUACGAGCCGGAGUAUCCUUACGAGCUCGACCAUGAGUAUUUGGAAGACGUUGCCAAGUUGCACAUCAGCGCCUGCGCCGAAAGGCCGGCAAUCUCACCUCUAGAGAUCGUCUCUACCAACAUGUGGAGUCCUAACGGCAAACGAUUCUCAGAAAAGUUCUUCAAAGGCGGCAUCGAGAGACUAAGGUUUCUAGCCGAUUUCCUUUUGCAGCAAUAUUGGCACCUCAAUUUUGCCGAAAGAUCCCAUCUCACUUUGGGAGAUCUUUUCGCAGCCCACAACUCGCAAAUUCUACUGACAGAUCGAGGCGUAGAUAAGGCGCCGUCUUUUUCACAAAAAUUGGCGCUUCUUCCACAGGAUAUUCCAUGGAAAUGUCCUCUCACCACUUUGGCAGCUUACUUUUUCCUGCGCUUUUACGGGGUACCAAAAUCCUACCGAGGAGACGGUUUUCCUGAUCUCCUAGAGGGCGAAGACUGGCGCUUUCUGCCGCUUAUUCGUGGCAAGUUCAUCGACAAGUACCCGCGCGAAGAAACGAUGGCCAAUUAUUACGCAGACGUCUUCCGCACCUGCCACCUGCCUUACAAGAGGAGAGAAUAUUUUUAUAACAAAAUGGCCGAUAACUGUCAAUACCCUCGUGCGCGCCUCGAUGAAUUGAAGGAAUUGGAAGAACUGGGCAAGGGCAAACAGAGCAUUUAUUUUCCACAGGAUAUCGGCAUUGACUUUUUGAGACACAUGAAUGGAUUACCUGUUUACAAGCCAGCCGCACCGCUUCGCGAGCGUUCCACUUUGGAUCUACCACAGUCACUAUUGGUCCAAGUUUUCCCAGAGAUUGAAUCCUACAAGAGGUCACUCGACAAGCUGAGCGACGAUGCCAAGAAGUUUCUAAAUUUGCUCGAAUUGCUGCGAGAUCGUCUAGUUGCAGCCUUGCCACUUAUCAAUCAUUUUUAUCCCGAGCACGAUCUUCUCAGGGACUCAGUCUUUCAAAAUGCAGAGUUCCAGACCUAUUGUAAACAAAAGAUCGAGGAGCUACGCGCUAAGGAAGAGCUACAGAAAUUUGAGUCCGAAGUUCUGGAUGGAACCAGCUCUGGACAAGCUUCGCUACCAAUGGAGACGACAGAAUUGACAUCCUCUAGGCCAUCUAUGGUGCCUAUACCGCAGGAUUCUGAUACAGAAAGUCUUCACACUUUCCUCCGCGAUCAGACCUUUCGCAUGGUUCAGUAUCAAACUGUGACGAAUUUCCACCUAUUGUUGCAGUCGUUAAGCCGCGUUUUUGAAAAAUUAGAGACCAAAAAAAGUACACGGGAAUACAUCCUUUAUCAAUUGGGCUCACUUGAACAAUCGUUGCAGGAACGUAUCACUCGUAGUGCUCCCGACGACGUGAAAAAAGAAGCGGACUCAAGUGCCGAUACUUUAGCGCCAAGCAGACCAGAAGAACUCCCCAAUAAAGCGUCUACGCAGCAGACAGGCUAUGAUAGCGAUGCAGAAGAUGAUGACGACUACAAAGAAGAGGUUUCCGAGCAACCGUAUGAAGACGAAGAUGUGAACUCAAACUUACAAAGUGAACUUCAAGCGCUCGUUGCCCAGGUGAUGGACGUCAAAUUCAAAGAGGAAGUGGAGAAACACACUAUCGAAACUGAGGCCCGCGUUCGUCAGCUGAUUGCGACUCAGGUCAAGGAAGAAGUACGUAAACAAUUGGCGCAAUUCAUGAAUAAAGAGUCGCGUUCACCAACCCCACAAUUGUUAGAAGAAAGCAAAGAGGAAACAAGUUCGAUUUCCCAAAAACGUUUGAGAGAUGAGUCUGAACCACCAUUAGAGCAAAGUCCCGAAUUGCAAUUCACUCUGUCUCCGCACCUCGAUAGCAUAGAAGACAUCGUGCUGGAGUGGUUUACGCCAAAUCCUGAGAUGGGCAACGAAUGUGUGCAUACCAUGAACCGAAAUUUUGGCAAGACUUGGAGAACAUCUUCCACAAGGACAUCUGAUUUUUAUAGGCAGCGGAAACUGAUUGUCGAGUUCUACAUAUGUCUCGUCAAUCAAAGGAAGAUGGACAGAUAUAAAGCGGUUGCUGUGUGCGAAAAUCUUAGGGGCAGUGAAUCUCUAGAAGCGUUCAGCAAUAAGCUUCGACAAUGGAAAAAGCAACACGGCAAUAAGUUUGACGGGCUUGGUUAG